CUGGAGCAGCUACAACAGGAGUAGCUACAACUGAGCAGCUACAACAGGAGUAGCUACAACUGGAGCAGCUACAACUGGAGCAGCUACAACAGGAGCAACUAUAACAGGAGUAACCACAACAGGAGCAGCCAUAACAGUAGUCCUUCACACCGCUUCAACAGGAACCGGAAGUUAUCCGCCCUUGAGGGUUGUGAGACGAAGUUGUCGCGCUGUGCUGUAUUAAACUCUUAUCAAAAUUUUCUUCUGUGUCUCAGCUUCAGAAAAUCAUCCACGUUAAGAACCACUUAACAGUUUGUAGAGACAGACGCCACCAGUAUAUAAAUAUAGACGCCAUCAGUGCUUAAAGAUAAAACGUCAGUAAUGUAUGAAGAUAGACACGAGCGGUAUAUAGACUUUAGCAGUGUGUAAAGAUAGACGUCAGUAAUGUAUGAAGAUAGACGCGAGAGUGUAUAAAGAUACACGCCAGGAAUGUAUAAAGAUAUAUGCCAGAGUGUAUAAAGAUAGAGGCCAGCAGUGUUUAAGGCAAGACUCCUAUUUGAAGGGUCACAUUUUAGUACAGAGAGCAAAAUGUCGACAUAACAGGUAGACGUCACCAGCAGGAACUAUGCAGGCAGCAAACACGAACCUUGAUCCCUAACCAUAAGUGACGACGUGAGUAGCCGCUAUUCUUCGACAGACAGAACUAGACAUCCGCAUAUUUUGACAGCUAUCGAAGCGUACACUCAUACGUCGGUGGUGCAUUCACCUAUCAGUCGACGCAUACAGCCAGUUAAAGUAAGAUGGGACGACGUAGCAAGAGGCUACGUGCUCAACUGUACCAGUACUCUCAAGAUGAGACUGGAUCGUACUCAGUCAUCACACAGUGGCCGCCACCUUCAUCCCCGUCCACACCACCGAGGCAACGGAUCAGCCAGAGGAGGGCGCUGGCGUGUGUGGCUGCUGCAUUUAUCUCUCUCAUCCUAGUGGCCGUCGGGGUCACCCUUGGACUUACCCGAGACAGAUGGGCAGCCACAUCCAACAGCAGCUCGUCUCACUCUUCAGAGCCAGGCAACCUGUGGAGGAGCUUUAGUAGACCACAGGAAGAAGUAGCAACAGGGCCUUCGUUGUCAUCAGCAUCACAGCACGGCUUGUUCAACAGGGCAGCAGUAGCUACUGACACUGGCCAGCCCUGUGCACAUAUCGCCAUGGAAAUCUUAGGCAAUAGUGGAAGUGCAGCGGAUGCAACAAUAGCGGGGCUGUUGUGUGCAGGAGUGAUUAAUGCUCAGUCUGUGGGUCUAGGAGGAGGCUUUCUCCUCAUCUACUAUGAGCGGGCCACAGGCAAGGCGUACUCCCUUAAUGCCAUGACAAGUGACCCUCCUCCUGCUCAGGGAGACUCCGUCGGUAGAGGCAGCGUCCGUUUGUCUGUACCAGGUACUGCACAUGGUUAUCGUCAGCUGUACAAACAGCUAGGAGGCAGGGUGCCCUGGGAACACCUGCUGGAGCCCACCAUCACGCUAUGUGAGAAUGGUUAUACCGUCACCUCCAGUCUGGCCAGGGCGCUCAGAAGUGCCUCCCAGAACAUCUACUCCCAGCCUAGCAUGAGCAGUGUCUUCGUGAACCCAGCUACGGGGAAAGUGUUUCAGGAAGGAGACACUAUGAGGCGCCCUCAGCUAGCCAGAACAUUGCGACUCCUUCAGCAGGACCCAGACAGCUUAUACACGGGAUCACUAGCCAAGGACUUAGCUAAGGAUCUCGGAGAUUUGGACUCAUCACUUGAGCUUCAGGACCUGCGAAGCUACAGCUCAGUAUGGAAGAAGCCUGUAAGUGUGAGUCUUCAGCAUGGUAACCUCACUAUGUACUCCGUGGGGCCUCCUGGCUCUGGCCUCACCCUGGGCUUCCUCCUCAACCUGCUGGACGAGUUCGGUCUCAGCCCUGGCAACGUCAGCGAAGCAAACACGGUCCUCACACACCAUCUUCUUGCACACAUAUUAAAAUGGACGUUUACCAAGAAGGUCCAGCUGGACAACACUGACCGUCUUGCCCAUGACUUGACCUCCGAUGCUUUCGCUGCCAGUGUUCGACAUCAGAUUCUGGAUGAUAUGAACUUCCAUGACUCUGGACACUAUGGUGCCGCACCUGGCAUGGCGGAUGACCUCGGAACUGCCCACUCUUCUCUUGAUGACUGUGGCACCUCCCAGUUCUCCCUGCUGGCACCCAACGGUGAUGCCAUCUCUGUCACUAGCACCCUUAACUCGUGCCUGGGAGCUGCGAUGCGGUCACCAAGAACUGGCAUCAUCUUCAGCAGUACUAAGGUUGAUCAUUCUCACCGUCCCUACCCCACUACACCUGAUGGGUCCUCCAACACACAAGGGAAGCAGCGUGUUAGCUCCCCCAUGGCUCCUGCGGUGGUGGUAGACGGUCGGGGAGAGGUACGUCUGGUGUUAGGGGAAGCUGGAGGUGGAUUAUCUUCGUCAGGUGUAUGGUGGACUGCCCUUCGCUACCUCUGGCUCCAUGAAGACCUCAAGAGUGCUGUCGGUGCCCCAAGGCUCCACCUGACUCCCUCCUGGACUCUGGUUUCUGAGGAAGGCUUCUCACCUAAAGUCAUCACGGGUCUGCAAGACGUAGGUCACAGGAUACGGAAGCAGGAGCUAGGGAAGACAGACACUGCUGUCUACGCCGUCGCUAGAGAGCAGGACGGGAAGGUGCAAGCUGCCUCUGACCUCCGCAGUCCUGGGGGAACAGUGGACGGCUUUUAAUUAACACCUGAGGCCUUACACUUUGCUCAGACAUUAGAAAAAUAACACUGCAGUAGGUUUACCGGUCCAAAUUAGGCAGGUCCAACAUACUCCCAUUCUCACCAAGGUUAAAACUUCCCAAACAAUGACUUUUAUUAUAAAUUAUCUCUGGCAGAAUGGUCAGAGAUAAUUAAUAAUUGAAAGAAGAACUGAAGAUGCAUUAUACUGCCGUAAAAUCGAAUUUAAGAAGGCCUAUUAAAAACUAACAUUUUGAGUGAUAUUUACAUAAAAAAAACACAAAUCGUACUAAGUUUAAUAAGAAUGGAAGGCAUUUACAAUAAUCUUUUCUUGAAAAGCUGUGCUGAGUUUUUCUCCAAACAUCACGCUUUACCACUCAACUUUCUAAAAUAUACCAAAGAUGCCUCUGAUAUCUCUAAACAUUUUUGUACAUUUUUAAUUAAUAUUUAUAUUUUUAUAAUUCGUCUAAGAGAGAUAACAUAAGUCAUUGUUAUUUCCUUGUUUCGGUAUAGUUUACGGUGACCACAGUAACGCGGAGGGGCGGCCAUAUUGGCGAUACCAGAGAGAAACAUAAUUUGAUCGUUAAAUAAUGAAAAAAUGAAAUAAAGCUUCCGAAAAUUUGAAAGAAGUAGCUUUAAAGUACCGAGAUGGUUUCUAUAUGAUAAGGUGAGUUACGAAAGAAAGUUAAAGCUAACAAAUGAUAAACAUCGACAUUAAAUGAUAGUAGAUAAUACCGUUGUUACCAGUAGUGAUGCAGCCACACAUUAGGAACUUCCAUUUUUCACCAACAUAUGCAUCAGAGAAUUUAAAAUACUACAAAGGCUUCUAAUUAUAUAUUCAGUCGACUCAUAACUGUAUUUAUUAAAAAAAAUUAUGUUGAUACAUUAUAUUGUUGUACACUACCCUGCCGAAAAUCUAUGUAAACAUAGUUGUAACUUAAUUAUCUGAAAAUGAUCCACUAACUAGCACAUACUAUAAAGUAUUUUUUUCUGUAUACAGUACAUGUAUUUCUUCUGUGAUCAGUUCCUAUGCAGGAAACUGAAGGAAACAGUUUCUCAAGCAGGAGAGAAAAAUCUCCCUCUAUCAGAUCCAACAGAAGAUGAGUUUUCAGACUUUUUCAUAAUUUAUUAAGCACUGGGUCCAAACAAGCAUCAUCAUCAUCAUCAUCAUCAUCAUCAUCAUCAUCAUCAUCAUCAUCAUCAUCAUCAUCAUCAUCAUCAUCAUCAUCAUCAUCAUCAUCAUCAUCAUCAUCAUAAAGAACAAAGUUACAAUAUCGUGGCUGGAACAAUACACAAAUAACGGGCACACAGGAGAGCUCUUAAAUUUUCAGACAAUUACAUCUCAACAUCUAUUAAAGACAAUUUCCUCAAGACACGUACAGAGUUAAAAGGUGAAACAGCAGUUCAUCUAAAUUUUAGAGGCACAAGUACAAGCAGUGGAGAAUGCCACUCCUCGGUAUAUCCAACUUAAAAUGUUACUAUUUUCGUGCCGGGGGGAUAACUGCUUUGAAAAUUAAAGCCGUUGUACUGAUCCUCCCCCCAAAAAAUUGCUAAAAUCCUCAUUAAAGAUGUUUUUUUUUUAUCCAGAAAAAUAAACAACGUCCAAUAUGGCCGACUUCCGUGAAGACACUGCUGUCCAACAUACAUAAACACUAGUAUGUAUUCAGAAAUUUAUAAUUUACUUAUAUUUGCAUUAUAUAUCUUUAGUUCACAUUAUCUCCACAAAUAAAAUGGUUGUAUGUAUUUUCAGGCUGUGUUUAUAAUAUUAAUGUAAUAAAUAUUUUAGAGGUAUCAAUAAUUUUAAAUAUAUUAAUAUAUAUA